AUGUGGCUUCUGUGCCUCGGGACUCUCUGGUGGUGUGCGGGGGCCAUCGUCGUCAAGCCCGCGCUGAACGCUGUAAACGCUUUGAACUCUCUGCCUCCAUGCACAGGUCCGGUGUCCUUGCUGCAAGAACCUGUCCAGGAUGCGUUUGACAAGAUUUACACCAAGCAUCUUUGGGGCGGCGAUGGAGUUACUCGCUCUAGAUCAGGGCCCGGAAGCAACAUCGGCCGAGCAACCGAAACUCUCUGCUCCGUGAUCUUUGAGGCCUUGCUCAAAGCUUCAAAGGAGAAGGAGGCAGCAGGAAUGACCGAGUACGAGCUCAAUUUCCUGGAUGCUCCAAGCGGUGACUUCUUCUGGAUGCCCGGGUGUCUCUCGCGAAUCGCUUCUCGGCUUCCAGCUGGUGCCAGGCUCAACUACCAGGGAGUUGACGUUUCCGACGUGGCCACCGGCAUCGCUGAGGGCAAGAGAGCUUCCGCCCAAGCAUCUGUGCCGACUGUCACCAUCGAGCCCUUCAAAACGCUCAACCUCGCGGAGGCAGGGAUCCUCGGACGGACCUUCCCUGCAAAGCACUUUGAUGUAAUCAACUGCCGAGAUGCUCUUCAGCACAAUGCCAUGGAGCUCGUCCACGCCAUUCUCGGCAACUUCAACCUGGCAGGAACCUGGCUCGUGAACGAUGUUGACACCGCCGGAGCGAACGGCAAAGAUAUCCGGGCAGGCCAAUUCCGGCCCAUUGACAUCACCGCGCCUCCCUUCAACAAUGUGCCAGAAUGCUUGCAAGCCGGCCCGGUGAGAAGAAGAGAGAAUGAACAUUUUGGGAUCUUCAAGCUGCCUCUGACAGCUUGA